GCAAAAAAGGAAAAUACAGCAAGCAAGUAGGGAACACGCGCGACACAAAAGCGGUGUGGUCAAGGGUCAAGCCAAGGGGGGCGACCAACUGCCAGAGUGGAAGUGUGGGAGAGGAGAGGGGCGUGGAACGCUUACACAAAGCAUAAGCUCAGAAACUUUUUCUUCUUCUUCUUCUUCUUCUUCUUCAUCAUCUCCUCUCUUCCUUCACCUCCUCCUCAGCUCAGCCCACAGCCUUCGUUUAUCAGCCUCUCCUGUUGUCUUGUUCUCUCAUUCUCUUCACUCCUGUCCCUGUCGUUCUCCGAGGUUGCCUCUUCCUCACAAUUCCUGUUGCAUUCUCGUGACGCAUUCUCUUCCUUUCACCCCUUAAAACCACCCCCCCCCCCCCCCCCAACCACUCUGGAAAUCCGCCCCCUCUCUCUCUUUUUCCUUCCAGAAGACACACAACCCAGACAAGAAGAGAGAUAAAAAGGGGCACCAGGACGAUCCCUUUUCUUGAUGUGCAUUGUCGGCUUUGAACAAGAUGAGAGGAUGGUUCUUCCAAAAAUGAUACCCAAAAUCAAGAUUGCUGGAGUCCAGUGAGUGCUUUGCCUUGUUUAGGAUCGCCAUGCCUUCAGCUUCCAACAUGAAAUUAGGUUUCAUUCAAAAUCAUUUUGGCUCAUCCCCAGCAAGAAGCUUGGAUGGAAGUUUCAGGAAGUCAAACUCCGAUUUCUCUGCUCACAGCGUAUCUGGGGUUUCAGCUUCAAGUAAAUCCUUGCCUAUGUCCAGAAAAGUAUUCAAGGGACUAAAGGAUUAUAGAAAAGAACUCGUGGACCUGGAAUUAUUUGUCCAGUGUUUAGAGGAUUGGGUUUCGGAGAAUUCAUUCUCAGACGAGUCAGACCCAAUGAAUAUGGAGCAUUCUUUCCCACCUCCCUUUGAGAUUGAUGAACUGCGAAAGCUGGAUUUGGCUUUGGAGGGGGUACUGUUGCAGCAGCUGUGGCGCUUGCCACGUUCACUUUAUGCACCGAACUAUACAAAGGAGGAUGAGUAUCUUGCAUUAGAGGACUUCCUGCAUGCUAUUGUGAAAGGUUUAUGGCGUACAUUUUGGCAUAAAAGCCUUCCGUUGCCGUGCUUUGUAUCUUGCCCCUUUCGUCCUGGAUCCAAGUUCUACACGAUAGAAAAGGCAAUAUCGAGAGGAAAGCUUGAAGAACUCUGUGGUUUAGCUUUGAUAUCAAGAAGUGAGAGAGAUUUACAGGUGCACUGGGAUCAAGUGAUGGUAUUUGUCUUGUAUAAGCCGGAUAUAUUAGAAGGUGAUGAGUUGAGAUUAUCUCCAAGAAUGAUCUGUGAAGCGCUCUUUUAUGGAUUUCACAUUCUUGUUUCGAGGAGUUUGGGUAAAUCCAAUACUGUGAAUGACGAUUCUGUUUUUGUCCUGGUUCUUGAUUCGAAUUAUGGAGGAGUGGUGACACUUGGAGGUGACCUCGGCAAACUCGAGUCAACUCCGUCUAAUCCAUAUCAAGCUGCAGCUGAGUGGAUCAGGAAUCAUUCCGAAAUUUGCGUGUCCCCUGUUGACAAGAUAUGGAAUAAGCUAGGGAAUCCAAAUUGGGGAGACUUGGGAACUCUGCAAAUGAUCAUGGCCAUUUUCUACUCCUUUGUCCAGUCAAAUGGACCACCAAGAAAAUCAAUAGAUUACUUGGCCUCUGGUCAUCACCUUCGUGUUCAGAAACGAAGGAUGGAGUGUGGUGCCCUUGAGAAUGACAGAGCUUUGGUACCUUUCCAACCAGCUAGUAAUCAAGGAGAGAUUGCCGAAGUAGAGGAGCAAGAGGUUCCGUCUUUAAGAAGGCAUGCACUGUGUCUCGAAAUAAAGCGAGGUGAGAUGUUGCUCCUAGAUGAUCAGCAACAGGGACCUAGAAGUUUCCAAAUACAGGAAUCGGUUGUUGGUGGCAAUCAUUUUCUAUAUAAUGCUGUUUCAGUCGAUCAUCCAACAGAGUUACUGAGCUUAUAUGUAGGUGCUCAUCCAUCCAGACUAGAGCCGUCUUGGGAGGAUAUGAGUUUGUGGUAUCAAGUACAGAGGCAGACAAAGGUGUUAAACACUUUAAAGCUGCAGGGAGUGUCGAGCAAAUACUUGCCAGAAAUAAUUGCAUCUGGUCGUAUUCUGCAUUCGGGUCCAUGCGCGAAGCAGAGUCCAGGGGGCCGAUGUGACCACCCUUGGUGCGGAACGCCUAUACUUGUGACCCGUCCAGUUGGAGAGCCACUUUCCUCCAUAGUUGCUCGGAAUGGUCCCUUUGCCGCCAAAGAGGCAGUACGGUGCUGUCGAGAUUGCCUCACCGCUCUGAGAAGUGCGGCUAUGGCCAACAUUCAGCAUGGUAACAUCUCUUCAGAGAAUGUCAUCCGGGUCACUGAUGCCCACGGUUCGGGAGUGAAGUUGAAUAUUCUCACAUCAUGGGGACGUGCCGUUCUGGAAGAGAGGGAUAGCCCCGGGAUAAAUUUGCAAUUUUCAUCAUCUUAUGCUCUGCAGCAUGGAAAGCUCUGUCCAUCAUCCGAUGCUGAGAGCCUUGUUUACCUGCUCUUUUUCAUAUGUGGAGGAACCAUGGACCCACAAGAUUCUAUUGAAUCGGCUCUACAGUGGAGGGAAAGAAGCUGGGCAAGACGUUCAAUCCAGACACACCUCGGCGAGGUUUCAGCUCUUCUCAAGGCAUUUGCAGAUUAUGUCGAUGGCCUUUGCGGAACACCAUACCCUGUCGACUAUGAUAUAUGGCUCAAAAGGUUGAGCGCAGCUGUUGAUGUCUCGACAGAUAGAGGUAAAACAAUUGAAGCGGCAAUAACAUAAGGACUCAUAACUACAACCGAGUUUUUUCAGAGCUCUUGCUGUGCAUUCUUUAUUUAUGUAGAUGGGGAGUUUUGGGUUUCCGUAACAGCAGUCGGGUGAAAUUUGCUGUCAGUAUUCUGGAGACGGGUAUAGGGGAUCUCUGCCAUGUGAUUCCUUUUUGUACCGGACCAGAUGUAAAUGCAUCUCGGCUGUAAUUGAGUUCAAUCAGUAGAUUCAGUGCUUGAUGGAAA